CCGUGCGCAGGAGCGUCACCAUUAACAUUAAGCGCCUCUUGCGGCAUACGCAGGCGUAUUAUAUUGAGCCGUCCCGAUAAAUAGGCGUGGCCAACUUUUGUUUUCACGUUGACCUUUGCCACCCGGUCACGCCCGUUUUUUCUGUAGCGUACCGAAGCAGGCCACUGCGCAUAAUGGAGACGGACCGUUCGCUCCUAGGGAUCACAGUUCUGAGGGAUUUCCUUGCUGGAGAAACCACUGGGUCCAGGUUGUUCGUCAGAUGCAUGGUUGCUGGGGUUCUCAGAGUCCACAGAGGAACAAAUCACUUCAUCGUCACUCUUGUCAUUCUCCAGCUCACUUUCUUCAUCUAUAAAUAUUCAAGACACACAGAAUUGUAGGAGCCACACAACCAUUGUUACAUACCUGUAACCACUUCAGUGAUGGUG